UAGAAUGUACAGAGCAGUAGUUUUUCCUCCUUUAAGUUGCUUUACAGAAGAAAGAUAAUGUGACAGUCCGUUAAAUGUCAACCCUGGAUUUCCGACUAUAGGCCUACUAUCGAUUUUGCUACUGACUCAAUAAAUAUCUGCAUUGAAAAUAAUUCUGUGGGUCUGGAAUAAGGUGGAAAGAGCUGGAGAAACAGAAAGAGGAAAGGACGUGAUGAGAAAGAGAGUGGCUAGAAGAGCAGGGAAGUAGAGGGAGGAGAGAGGAACAAAGAUUCUGGAUUCUGGAAAAAUAAGCCACUGUAAAUAGUAAAGAACUCCAAUGCAGAGAUGAAGCCGAUUAAAAAGCAAGGAAGGCGCCUUCCCCCGUCGACCCGGGCCAAAGGGGGGAAGAGACGGGGGGCGGGGGACAAUGGGGAGAAAAGAGACUCGGACGAGAACAAAGAUAGGUCCCCCAAAAGUCAGACCUCACCCCAAACCUCAUCUCACUCAGAGUCUUCUCAGGAGGAGUCGGUGACACUCAAGGCGAGGGCCACGCCAGAGAGGGAUGACCACAGAGAGGGGCCCCGGCUCCCAGAGACAGCGGCCGCAGCAGCAGGGUCCCUCCCUGGGAAGUCGGAGGACUCCCACCCAGGGAGCGUCAAGUCGCUGAGCACCCACAGCACAGACAGCAGCAGCAGCACCGCCAGUGCUGCCAACAGCCCCAACCCCUCGUCUAACCGCAAGACGGCCACCUUCAAGGCCCGCGUCCCCAAGAAGAAGUACACCUCUGAGCACUGUGCUGCCGCCGCUGCCGCCGCCAACCACGGCAACCCCGGCACGCCUCCACUGAGCAGCAAUAGUGCUCACUGUGGCAGUAACACCGGAAGUCAGUCGUCGGGCUUUUCUUCGGCAGCGAGUGAGGGCGGUUCGCUCACUGACAUCAACAGUCAGAUCAGGAGACCAGCGGAGGACUACACUACCACUAUAGCUCCAUCACAGGACAGGGACAGCACACCUGGACCCCCUCCCAUAGGAGACAGAGAUAGGAGAGUCCCAGAGGGAGGCAGAGAAAUCUCCCCCAGCCCUGUCCGCUGCUCUUCUACAGACACAGCCAGCGAACACGACCUGGAUGUGAGCGAGCCACACCGCUCCAACUCUCACCACACCAAUCCCACCACCGAAGCACACACCCUAGCCCUGGUGCAAUGUAGCACCCCACACACUCCGACCCCACAGAGCCUGUCGGACGCGCUAGCUGACGCCCUGGCCAAAGGUUUAAAAAACCAGCGGGUGCUAGCCAGGCAGGCUAGGAGAAGGAGUGGAAAAGAGGAAGAGGAGAACGGAGGAGGGGGGAGGGAGAGCAUGGACUCAGUGUUCCGAGCGGGUGUGGUGCGGAGGGUGAGCGGCGAGCAUGGCAGCCUGGAGGUGCAGCUGAACGGCGAGAAGGAGCUGUACCGGUACCCGUUCCGUGAGGGUGCCCAGGGGCCAGUGGACAUCAUCAUGGAUGCCCCGCCGCCUGGCUCCCAGGCCGUGCCCAUCGGCACCCCUGUGUGCGUGCCCUUCGGAGGUAACGAGGACAGCGGCACCACAGAGGCCCAGCGCCAGUGGUACCGAGAGGGCCUGGUAACCCAGGUGGACACCCACCCGGCUGUGUCCUACCCCUAUAGAGUGUUGUUGGAGGAUAGAGCGCCGCCAGGGGAUGAGGAGGGGGAUGGCAGUGUGGGCACUCCGACGGCUGUGUGGGUGUCCCGUCAGAGCCUCCGCCUGCUGGUGCCCCCCUGGGACCUCGACCUGGGACCCUCCGGAGGGGGGCGAGAGGAAAGCAAUGCCGCCGCCGAGAGAGGGAGAGAGAGGGAGAGAGAGAGAGAGGACAGGGACGAGAUAGAGGUGGAGCAGGAGCUGUGUCGACUCAGCCGUGGGAUGGGGCUCAGCGCGACUGUGACUGGGUCCGUGUUGGGGAGGCUUUCAUACCCUGGAACGGCCCCCGCCUCCUCAUCUUCCUCUACUGUCAGCUCCCCCGUUACCCCUGCCUCGGUGCUGAGUCUGGUGCCCGGAAGAGAAUGGGAGCGAGAGAAGGACCUGAUGGAGAGAGAGAGGGAGAUCAAGAGGAAACAAGAGAGAGAUAACCGAGAGAGGGCCAAACAGCACCACCACUUCAUGCCCCUGACCCCUGAGGAGGACAUAGAGGUGUCCAACUUCAGCAUGGUGCCCAUGGGGGCAGCGGGGGGGGAGGUCAAGGCCCUGGCGGUGUCCCAGCACAGGCACAUACUCUCCAAGCCGCCCCCUGGCUACCCUAGCCCCCACCUGUCCGUGGUCCGGGGCCUCGGAGGCACUCCGCUGGUGGGCCCCCACCUGGCCCUCAACCACCACCCCCCUCCCUCCCCCACGGUGCUACUGGGCCUGGAGUCGGGAACGCUGGCAGUGGGGGCGGCCGUCAUCGCCACCCCUCAGCUGCCCCCUCUGCCCCCCUUGUCCUCCUCGUCCUCCUCGUCCUCCCGCGGCUCCCUGGAUAAGCCGCCCUCUUCAAACUCCAGCUCCCACGGUGCAUCUGGAGGAGGUGGAGGCUCGUGCUCGGGUUCGGCGUCCUCAUCACGCUCCCGCACCCCGCUCACGGCAGCCCAGCAGAAGUACAAGAAGGGCGACGUGGUGUGUACCCCCACAGGCAUCCGCAAGAAGUUCAACGGCAAGCAGUGGAGGAGGCUGUGCUCCAGAGAGGGCUGCUCUAAGGAGUCCCAGAGAAGAGGCUACUGCUCGCGUCAUCUCUCCAUGAGAACUAAAGAGAUGGAGGCCAGCGGAGGGGGCAGAGAACGUGGCGGGGCCAGCAGUACGGGCACCCUAACCCCGUCAGACCUGAGACUGGGCGGCGGCCGGACCAGUUCAGAGUUCGACUGGGACAACACGUCGCGAGACAGCAGCGAAGCGAGCAGUAGGGGAGGGGAUUCACGCCCCCGCCUGGUCCUGCCCUCGCUCCUGCCCCAGGACUUAUCACGCUUCGACUUUGAUGAGUGCGAGGCGGCCACCAUGCUGGUGUCUCUGGGCAGCUCCCGCUCGGGCACGCCCUCCUUCUCUCCCAUCUCCAACCAGUCGCCCUUCUCGCCCACGCCGUCGCCCUCGCCUUCCCCGCUUUUCGUCUUCCGCCCGGCCACCUUCAGCCCCAUCACGGCGCCGCCUUCGCUCACCCCUCGCCGCCACCGUCACCUGAGCGGCACUAAGAUUGGCACGCCGGGCUCGGAGCGUGAACGCCACCUGUCGGGCAUCGUACCCACCUUCCAGACCAACCUCACCUUCACCGUGCCCAUGAGCCCCAGCAAGCGGAAACUUGAUGCCCUUCCUCCGCCCCUGCCCCUCUCUGCCCAGGAUUACGCUAAGCCCGACCAGCAGUUAGGGGAGACUAUAGGCCUCAGCCCAGCUGCCUUCAGGGUGCUCUCUCCUCAGAGCCAGCCCACCACUCCCUCCUCCCUCUCCUUCCCCCGGCCGCGGAGCGCCACCAGCCGCCCCCCGUCCUCCGCCGCCUCCACCCCCCCACCCAUGCUGGUGUCCCCCACCCCUCCCUCCCCCCUGCCCCAGGACCCCAGCCCCCGCCGCAUUGUGCCCCUGCGAGACUCCCCUGUCAUCGUGCGGAACCCCGACGUCCCCCUGGCCAAGUUCACAGAUGGACCCCUGGGGAGGAGGGGAGGAGGGGGCCGCUCCUCCAGAGAGCACAUCCAGCCCCUGCACCUUGCCACCGGCCUCCAAGCACCCGUGCCCAUCAACGGCGCCGCCACCAAUGGAGCAGUCCUCCUGCGAAACCCCGCCUCCACCCUGGUCCUUGUAACCUCCUCCCAGUCCCUGAUCCCAGCCGUCGCCGGACGCCCUGCUCACUCCAGCCCAGCCCUCAGUGGUGGCUCCGCCUCCAUCUUCUCUACUGGCUCCGCCCUCUCCAGCUCUGGAUCAGGCGGUAGGGAGUGGGAGAGGAAGCCCGGCGGGCACCAGGACGCCAUUGGAGGGGCACUGCCCCAGCCGGUAGCCUGCCACCCCUCGCCAACCGCCCUGCUGCCACUUAUCCUACCAGCCGAGUCCCCUCACCCUGCACCCCGCAAGGACAUCAUCAUUGGACGGCCCGGGACAGUAUGGACCAAUGUGGAGCCCCGGUCAGUGCCAGUGUUUCCUUGGCAUUCAUUGGUCCCUUUCCUGGAGCCUAGCCAAUCGAGUACGGCUGCCCAGCCCGCUGAUGGCCAACAGCUUGUCAAUCAGAGCAAAGAGCCUCGUUGCGGGGUGGCCCUAGUGAGUGACGGAUGGGUGGGUCCACCAGACGCAGAGCGAGGGUCUCCAUCCUGCCCACCACCCUCCUCCAAUGACAACAACCCCCCAGCUGAAAGAGCAGAAAGAGGUGGAGCCGACAGCGAGACAGAGAGCGAUGCAGACGACCCGUUUUUUCCGGGUGUAGCCAAUGAUCCUGCCCCGUCUACGGGCCCUAUCAAGAGGCGCACUCAGUCCCUCAGUGCCCUUCCCAAAGAUGGAGAAAGAAAGAGGGAAAAGGACCACAUUCGGCGGCCAAUGAACGCGUUCAUGAUCUUCAGCAAGCGUCACCGGGCGCUGGUGCACCAGAGGCACCCCAACCAGGACAACCGCACGGUCAGCAAAAUCCUGGGCGAGUGGUGGUACGCCCUGGGGCCCAAAGAGAAGCAGAAGUACCACGAUCUUGCCUUCCAGGUGAAAGAGGCUCACUUCAAGGCCCACCCAGACUGGAAGUGGUGCAACAAGGACAGGAGGAAGUCUAUCUCUGAGGGCCGAGAGACCCCAGGGGCCAAAGAGACACGCGAGAGGAGCAUGUCGGAGAGCACAGAGCCUGAGUCAGGGUCUCAGGGCAUGGAGGUGAAGGGUGCGGCAGGCCCGGACUGGCCUGGGGGCUCUGAGCGUUGUGUGGGGGCCAACAGUGGUCAGCUCCCUCGCCCCCGGGCCUUUUCUCAGAGUGCAGUACACAGCCUGGAGAGGAGGGAGCGGGCUAGAGAUCUGGAGAAGUUGUGUCGAGAAGGGGCAGGCUCAUUCCGAAGCCGCCCCCCUACUCUCUCCCUGGCACAGUGUGGGGCCAGCGAGGACGUGACCAGCGAUGAGGAGCGCAUGGUCAUCUGUGAGGAAGAGGGGGACGAUGAUGUCAUGGAGGACUCGUGCCCUGAGGGAUCCAUAGACCUCAAGUGUAAAGAGAGAGUGACUGACAGUGACGAGGAUGAGCCGGAUGGACAGCGAGCCUUCCAGCCAGUGGUCCGCUCCUCUCUCCCCUAUGCCACCAGCACCUCCCACCCUGACUCUCACUCCGACUCUACCAAGGGGAAAACAGGGGGGAGCACCGGAGAGAGCUCUGAGAGGAAGCGAAAGCGAGGGAUGGAGGGAGGAGAAGAGGGAAGUGGAGAAUCCAAAAGAGGAGGAGGAGGAGGGGGGCAGGUUCCCUCUAAUUCCAUCCCUGGAUCGGCGCCCAACACCCCCGCUCUGGAUUAUGGACUCACCCAGGUGCUCGGUGCAGUCCGGAUGGCCCCCACCAUGGUGACCAACGUGGUAUGCCCCAUCGCCAGCAUGCCCAUCCCCAUCACCAGCAAGCCAAUGGAAGGCCCCAUCGCCUUCAGUGCCCUCCCCGGGGAGAAGAAAGCCACGCUUCUGAUUGGAGGACCGGGAGCAGGAGGCGGGCCUAUCACAGCAGGGGGUGGGUACUUGUCCUCGUCCUCUCCCAAUCCCGUGAGUGUGGGGCCGGGGGGGCUGCAGGUCACCAGUCUAGUGCUGGGAGGAGCUUUCCCCAACCAGUCUAUACAGCUCAUAGCCCCGCCUCAGCCUCUCUUAAGCCCCACCCACAGCACCCUGCCACUCCCCCUCCCCCUGCUGCAGCCCCAGUUCCUUCCUGCCGCCUCUCUCACCCCUGCUGGCGGUGCCAAGCCUGGCCUCACCCAGGUGCAGUACAUCCUGCCCAUCCUGUCUUCUGUCAGUGCCAACCCCAAGAGCCCCUCCCCCCAGCUAACCCAGCAGCCAACCGGCGUCCUCACGCUGCCCUCUACUCCACCCACCCAUGUCUCCCUGGCCAAUGGAAUACAUUCGGGGGCAGGAGCGGGAAUAAGAUAUGCCGCAGUGGGAGGGGUCAGCCCUGGAGCAAGAGUCCAAGCCCAGUCUCCAGUCUUACAGAGCAAGAUGUUGGUUCCCAUGGCAACAGUGAGAACAGGCUCUACUCCUCCUCAGCCCAUCUCCCUCGUGGCCCCUCCCCUUCCUGUUCAAAAUGGUGCUCUUCCAGGAAACAAGAUCAUCCAGAUUGCCCCCAUGCCGAUGGUCCAGACAAAUGUCCACCCUGCUGGAGCAUUGCAUCCUGGGGGUCCCUUCCCUGUAUCCAUGGCAACAGCCACUGUGAUGACUCCGGGCAUCAAACCCCCUCAGACCGUGUUGCUGACCUCGCCUCCAACAAGGAUCACUUAUGUCCAAUCCAGCACCGGAGUGGUCUCCACAGCAACGGUCCAGGCCCCUCUCUCUCCAGGCCCAGGCUACCUGCCGUCGUCCCUGAGAACCCUGGGCUUCACCACCAUUGCCCCGGCCGGCCAAACCCUGAUGCAGCCUCUCGUAGCGGGCCAACCGCCCUUGCUAGCCCCAGCCCUUUCCCCUGGAGCCCCGGGGACCGGACGUCAACUCCUAACCGCCAUUUACCCAGCCCCGAGCGUCACCCUGGCGCCAGGUAUGGUUUCCAUUACCUCCGUGCCCCCCAAUUUGGCUCAAGAAGUGUCCGGCCAAUCAUCACUCUUGGCUGUUGGCGUCCAGGGUUCAAAGGUGACCCAGUCACAUGAAGAGGGAAUGCCACACCUGACUGCAGAGAUGGAACACAAGCCACAGGUGGAGGGCCAGGCCCAAAGGAAGACCAAGACUGAGAUAAAGAAAGAGCGCAUAAAGAUAGAGAAGAUGAUGGAGGAUGUCGAGGCACAUAGCCAACCCGGUGCUAACUCAAUGGGUACGUCCAGCAGCAAUAUACCAACAGGGAAUGAAGAAGAUGGUGGUCGAGCCAGCCACAUGAAAGAAGAGAAUACGGACGAUGACAGAGAUUAUGCCAGAGAGAAACAGACAGACGUGGAUGGAGAGAGGGAGAGGGGGAUAAAGAAGGAGAGGGGGACGCCUGAACCAGAGGAGUCCAGGGAGGCAGAGGAUUGGCCCCAUGAGGGCCACAACAAAGGGGACAGUGGCAACGGGGGCCACAGCAAAGAGGCUGGACCGAGGGAACCUCUCCACCCUCCCACAGGACUGGACCCUCCUCUGCCUCCCUCACAGACUGACAGGAACGCGCCCCCCUCAGCCAAGAAGACCAAAUUCCGCCCACCGCCACUCAAAAAGCCCUCUGACUCCGUUGAAAAGGUCCUGUUGGGGUCCUAUUUCGAGGAGCGCUUUGCCGAGCUGCCAGAGUUCAGGCCAGAAGAGGUGCUGCCCUCUCCCACCCUCCAAAGUCUGGCCACCUCCCCCCGAGCCAUACUGGGCAGCUACCGCAAGAAGAGGAGGAACUCUACAGACCUGGACUCGUCAGCAGAGGACCCCAGCUCUCCCAGGAGGAAGACUGCAGCUCGGAGCCGUCUCUCCAGCUGCAGCUCGGAGCCCAACACACCAAAGAGCGAGGCCAAGUGUGAGGGGGACAUCUUCACCUUCGACAGAGCUGGUGCUGAGUCUGAGGAUGUCUUGGGGGAGAUGGACAGAGUACCGUACUCCUCUCUCCGGAGAACUUUGGACCAGCGCAGGGCUCUCGUUAUGCAGCUCUUCCAGGAACAUGGCUUUUUCCCUUCAGCCCAGGCCACUGCAGCCUUCCAGGCGCGCUAUUCGGACACCUUCCCCACCAAACUGUGUCUGCAGCUGAAGAUCAGGGAGGUGAGGCAGAAGAUCAUGCAGACAGCCACACCUGGAACCCCCGGAAUCUCUGAGCCCGGCGGGUCAACAACAGGGGUCAUGGGGUCAACAGACUCUGCCUGCGCUGCCAAUAGCUCCUCCAAUACCAACACUCGAGAUGGUACAGGGACGGAGCCCGGAGAAAGAGGGCAGAGUCCCGAGGAGCCCAGGUGCAUGGGUAAAUUGUAGAAAAGGAAAGAAAGAGAGAUGGAAAGAAGGAGAAAAACAAGAGAAUGGAGAUGGUGGAGAGAAAGUGACAAAAGAGAGAAAGGAGUGUUGUUGUGACCCACAGCAUGUCCUUGUACAUGUAGUAACUGGCACAGUUCUGCACUGGCACAGUUCUGCACUGGCUGUACUCUCAGCACAUUUGUAGUUUGUAAUUUGACACAGAAAAUUCUGUGGUACACGCCAGUGGAGGCUGGUGGGAGGAGCAAUAGGAGGACAGGCUCAUUGUAAUGACUGGAAUGGAAUAAAUGGAACGAG